CACGCAUGUGUCAUAGUGAUAUAUUCUGCUCCUUCCCUAAGAGUUAGGAUUAUGUUCCCAUUCAACAUAAAGGAAAACCGAGGUCAUCAAAGGAAGGAAGAUUAAGUCAGUGUGAACAAUUCUCCAUCCUCUUCUUCAGAAAAGACUACUAGCGGGUUCUCCUAGCUUCAGAAAAGACUACUAGAGGAGUCCUGGGAGAUUCAGCAAAGAGGGAGAGAGAAGCUGCUGACCCCUGGGGACAGAACCCUGGAGGGACUGGGUACAGGCCUCUGGGAAAACAAAGGGUUCCCAGCAUCCUGCUUCACCCCCCCCCCAUCAUCAUCACCCCCCACCAGGCUGAGCAUGCUGGCUCCUGCCUCCAAGAGCCACCCACGGCAGCACUUAUUAUAGUCUCAGCUGCGUCAGGAGGGUGGGAUGCCAAAUCAGGGGACUGCUGAGAUGCCCCAAGUCCUGGGGAGAGGUCUCCAAGGCUGCAGAGAGACCUUCCCCUACCAUAUCACCCAAACCCCAGGGGUUUAGUCACACUUCUACAUUGGCCUAACUGAUUCCGGCUUCUAACCUGGCUGAAGAACAGAGAGCCUUGAACUCCAAGGCCUCCAGAAGGGUGGGGGACACAGAACAGACCGUUUCCAUUCAGUCUGCCUACCUCCUCUUCAACCUUCUAAAAUAGUCCCACCCAGCAAACCUCAGGAGACUGAAUGAGAACCGAAAGAGGCUGGCUGACACUGCCUCAACUGAAGGGUCCUUAUGUUCAGGGAGCGAAAUUUCCCACACAUGGAUAACCAGGUGUGAGGGUGGUGUCUCAACGAACCUAAUAUCCCCAGCCAGUCUCCCACCCACUAUACACACAGAUCCCUCCUCUCUGCUUAUUCCCGCUGUUUCUGAGGCACUAUUGGCGCUACAGUUGCUAUGGAGACUGGAUGCAUUUUGGUAUGGGGGGUAUCAAUCUUAGAGGCCUUCCUUCUCCCUUCACCUGGAACUGGAGCCUUUGAUGUGCCCUGUGGCCUUGGCUUCCCAAGCCGUCAGAACUUUCUCCUCUACUUCCUCCCCCAGGCAUACCACCUCUUCCCUACCCUCCUAAGUUCCCGUUUUUUUUUCUCUCUAUCCCAGGGGAACACUUUCCAAGUUCACUUUGGGACAAUUGGUCUCAAGUCGUGACCCUGUCAAAGUAUCAAGUGUGGGGGUGUGGGUGGGAAAGGGAGCUAGGUCAUGAGAAAUGGAAAAUGUUUAGGUACCUAGGGGAGACAAAGCAUCGUGGGAAAAGGAAUUCAGCCCCCUCCCCCCCACACACACUUUCAAACUUCAGCUUCUGCAAAAUUGGCAGUGACCCUGAGUUGGCUCUGUUCACAGCAGCCUGUCCACCCAAUAAAUCGAUUUUCACUCUUGUUCUUAAACGCCACACCCCACAGUACAGCUUCCUAACCUUGGUGUGCAGAGGAGGGGGCUAGGUUGCUAGGGGAGGUGAGUCCAAGUCCCAGGAAAUCCAGCCCAGGAUUUGGGAGGGAAAUCCAGUCCUGGAUUUUGCACCGCCUUCGCAGACAGCGGUGCUGGUGGAGAGAAGGUGGAGAGGGGGAAAGACAGGGUGGGGGGGGCUGGGGGCCGCCUCCUCCUCACUGUGAGGGGAGCGCCCGGACACAGCGCGCAUCCGGACCGAGCCGAGCCCGAGCGAGGCCCCCGGACUCUUCUCCCGGAUCUCACGCCCCUCCCCUUCCAGACCCCAGACCCGUGGGUUUCCACCCCUCCUGUUCCUCCUUCCUCCCCUGCCACCUCCCGUAUCUGCAUCCCCAGCAUCCUCCCCGCGCCCCCGCGAAUCCUCCGCACGGCCAGCCCACUAGCUUUCCACCCUCCUCAAGACCCCUCUCCUACCGCAUCCGCGGCCCCUGUCCCUUGAGUCCUCAUUCCCCGCCCCUGCCUCCCCCCAACAGCACCGGUUCUUCUUUUCCCUCAGCCUCGGGUCCCCUUUUCUGCCCCCCGUUCCUCCCUCUCCCCUAUUUGCCCCCACUACUGUCCUCUCCGCCCUCCCCCGUCCAUCUCAGAGCCCCCGCCCAGGCCGGGGUGCACGGUCCGGCGCGCCUCCCUGGAACAGCACCAAGGUCCCGGGGCUCUAAGGGGGUGGGGGCGCAGGGCGGGGAGCAUGGGGAGGGGGCGCCCCAUGUGAUGGGAGGGGGGCGAAAGCGGAGGCGGAGGAGGCGGCGGCGACAUCGGAGCCGGGCUGGGGGCUCAGCGGGGUCCGGGGGCUAGGGGCAGCGAGCAGGGCGGCCCCAUGGCCGGGCCCCCCUGAGGCAGUCCGGGGGAGUCCCCUCCCCUCCCCAGCUCGGGGGUCUCUGGGCCCCAUGAGCCGGGGCGCGGGCGCGCUUCAGCGCCGGACAACGACCUACCUCAUCUCGCUGACCCUGGUCAAGCUCGAGUCGGUGCCUCCGCCACCGCCUUCUCCAUCUGUGGCCGCGGCCGCCACCCCCGGGGCCAGAGGCAACGAAGCUGGGGAUCCUGGCAGCCCCCGAGGCGCGGAGGAGCCGGGCAAGAAGCGGCACGAGCGUCUCUUCCACCGGCAGGAUGCGCUGUGGAUCAGCACGAGCAGCGUGGGUGCGGGGGGCGCAGAGCCCCCCACCCUGUCCCCGGCUCCGGCCAGUCCGGCCCGCCCAGUCUCUCCUGCUCCCGGCCGCCGCCUCUCCCUCUGGGCCGCCCCUCCGGGACCCCCGCUGUCCGGGGGGCUGAGCCCCGACCCCAAACCCGGGGGUGCUCCCACCUCCUCCAGACGCCCCCUACUCAGCAGCCCGAGCUGGGGGGGCCCGGAACCCGAAGGCCGAGCGGGUGGCGGCAUCCCUGGCUCGUCCUCUCCGCACCCUGGCACCGGCAGCCGGAGGCUCAAGGUGGCGCCGCCUCCGCCGGCUCCCAAGCCUUGCAAGACCGUGAGCACCAGUGGAGCCAAAGCUGGCGGGAGCAAGAGCGCGGGUAGCCGCCUGUCAUGGCCGGAAAGCGAGGGCAAGCCCAGGGUCAAGGGGUCAAAGAGCAGCGCUGGGACUGGAGCUUCUGCCUCUGCCGCUGCUGCCUCCGCGGUAGUCGCUGGGGGAGCAGGGGGUUCAGCCGCGACCUCUGGUGGGGUCGCGGCUGGGGCCGGAGUCCGAGGGAAAUUGUCCCCUCGGAAAGGCAAGAGUAAGACCUUGGACAACAGUGACUUGCACCCGGGCCCGACUGUCGCCUCUCCUCCGCUGACCAUGCCAGCAAUCCCGACUCCAGCCGCUGCCGCCUCCGCGCAGCCCCCCGGGCCUGCACCGCCAAUCACUCUGGAACCCCCAGCUCCGGGACUGAAACGGGGCCGGGAGGGGGGCCGAGCAUCCACUCGUGACCGCAAGAUGCUCAAGUUUAUCAGCGGCAUCUUCACCAAGAGCACUGGGGGGCCUCCUGCCUCCGGGCCCCUUCCCGGACCUCCGGGCCUGUCUUCUGGCAGCGGGUCCAGGGAGCUGCUGGGCACAGAGCUCCGUACCUCCCCUAAGGCUGUGGUCAAUAGCCAGGAAUGGACUUUGAGCCGCUCCAUUCCUGAACUGCGCCUGGGUGUGCUGGGUGACACCAGGAGUGGGAAGUCAUCACUCAUCCACCGAUUCCUGACCGGUUCAUACGAGGUGCUGGAGAAGACAGAGAAUGAGCAAUACAAGAAGGAGAUGUUGGUUGACGGACAGACUCAUCUGGUGCUAAUCCGAGAGGAAGCUGGGGCACCUGAUGCCAAGUUCUCAGGCUGGGCAGAUGCUGUGAUCUUUGUCUUCAGCCUGGAGGAUGAGAACAGUUUCCAGGCUGUGAGCCGUCUCCACGGACAGCUGAGUUCCCUCCGGGGGGAGGGACGAGGAGGCCUGGCCUUGGCACUGGUGGGGACACAAGACAGGAUCAGUGCGUCCUCCCCUCGGGUGGUGGGAGAUGCUCGUGCCCGGGCCCUGUGUUCAGAAAUGAAACGCUGCAGCUACUAUGAGACAUGUGCGACCUAUGGGCUCAACGUGGACCGGGUCUUCCAGGAGGUGGCCCAGAAGGUGGUGACCUUACGCAAACAGCAACAGCUUCUGGCUGCCUGCAAGUCCCUGCCCAGCUCCCCAAGCCACUCAGCUGCUUCCACCCCUGUAGCUGGGCAGGCUAGUAAUGGGGGCCACACUAGCGACUACUCUUCUUCCCUCCCAUCUUCACCCAAUGUCGGUCACCGGGAGCUCCGCGCUGAGGCAGGUGCAGUGGCUGGAUUGAGCACCCCAGGCUCCCUGCACCGGGCAGCCAAGCGCAGGACCAGCCUUUUUGCGAAUCGUCGCGGCAGUGACUCUGAGAAACGAAGCUUGGACAGUCGGGGAGAGACGACAGGGAGUGGGCGAGCCAUCCCCAUCAAACAAAGUUUCCUACUAAAACGAAGUGGCAAUUCCUUGAACAAAGAAUGGAAGAAGAAAUAUGUGACCCUGUCUAGUAAUGGCUUCCUACUCUACCACCCCAGCAUUAACGAUUACAUCCAUAGUACCCAUGGCAAGGAAAUGGACUUGCUACGAACAACAGUCAAAGUCCCCGGGAAGCGGCCUCCAAGGGCCAUCUCUGCUUUUGGGCCCUCAGCCAGCAUUAAUGGGCUGGUCAAGGACAUGAGCACUGUCCAGAUGGGUGAAGCUCCUGAUGCCACGACUCCCAUGCCAAGCCCCAGCCCCAGCCCCAGUUCCCUGCAGCUACCACCAGACCAGACAUCCAAGCACCUGCUGAAGCCAGACCGGAAUUUGGCCCGAGCCCUCAGCACUGACUGUACCCCAUCUGGAGAUCUGAGCCCCCUAAGUCGAGAACCCCCUCCUUCUCCCAUGGUGAAGAAGCAGCGGAGGAAAAAACUGACAACUCCAUCUAAGACUGAAGGCUCAGCUGGGCAGGCUGAAGCCAAGCGCAAAAUGUGGAAACUAAAAUCCUUUGGUAGUUUAAGAAAUAUUUAUAAAGCAGAGGAAAACUUCGAGUUCCUGAUUGUAUCCAGUACCGGUCAGACGUGGCAUUUUGAAGCAGCCAGUUUUGAGGAGCGAGAUUCCUGGGUCCAGGCCAUUGAGAGUCAGAUCCUAGCCAGUCUGCAAUGCUGUGAGAGCAGCAAGGUCAAGCUGCGCACAGACAGCCAAAGCGAAGCCGUGGCCAUCCAGGCAAUCCGGAACGCCAAGGGGAACUCUAUCUGCGUGGACUGUGGAGCCCCCAACCCCACAUGGGCCAGCUUGAACCUGGGAGCGCUUAUAUGCAUCGAGUGUUCUGGCAUCCACCGCAACCUGGGCACACACCUGUCCCGUGUUCGCUCGCUGGACUUGGACGACUGGCCGCGGGAGCUGACCCUGGUGCUGACGGCCAUUGGCAACGACAUGGCCAAUCGCGUGUGGGAGAGCGACACGCGGGGCCGCGCCAAGCCCACACGGGACUCUUCGCGGGAAGAGCGCGAGUCGUGGAUUCGCGCCAAAUACGAGCAGCUGCUGUUCCUGGCGCCGCUGGGCACCCCCGGGGAGCCCCUGGGCCGCCAGCUGUGGGCCGCGGUGCAGGCCCAGGACGUGGCCGCCGUUCUGCUGCUUCUGGCCCAUGCGCGACACGGGCCGCCAGAUACCAGCGUAGAAGAUCCGCAGCUCCGCUCCCCGCUUCACCUGGCGGCCGAGCUCGCCCACGUCGUCAUCACGCAACUGCUGCUGUGGUACGGCGCCGACGUGGCGGCCCGCGAUGCGCAGGGCCGCACGGCGCUGUUCUACGCGCGCCAGGCGGGAAGCCAGCUGUGCGCCGACAUCCUGCUACAGCACGGCUGCCCGAGCGAGGGCGGCAGCGCGGCCACCACGCCCAGCGCGGCCACCACGCCCAGCAUCACCGCCACGCCCAGCAUCACCGCCACGCCCAGUCCCCGCCGCCGGAGCAGCGCCGCCAGCGUGGGCCGCGCGGACGCCCCGGUCGCGCUGGUAUAGUUGCCGCCGGCAGAGACACCCCCCACCCCCCUCGCUAGCCGAGCACGACCUCACCGGGUGGACCGCCGGACAGAUGCACUCACCCACCCCUCCAAUCCGCACUCUGCCCCACGGGAGCACUUCCCACCCCCACGAGGACACAGCCCCCACGCCUCCUAGAAGACACAAACUCACCUCCCUCUCCCCACCGAGGCAUGGAGACCCCAGCUCACAUGUCCCCUGUCUACCGUCCCCACA